AUGCACUCCCACUACAUCAGAAAAGCGGCUGUGGUCUUCUCCAGCCUUGCGGCUGCACAGUCUUCGCACUGGGUCGAUAUCUGGACCGCUAUGCCGCAACUCACAGAGCCGGGAAAUCUUCCUCCGGAGCCAUUUAAUUCCAGCUCAAUAAUUUUCGCCAACACAACAAUCCGGCAGACUAUCCGCCUCAAUCAGCCCGCUUCGACCAUUCGCCUUCGUCUAUCGAAUGCUUUUGGUGUGGAUGACCUCGACGUCACCAAUGUAUCUCUUGCGCUUCCACUACACAACGAACUCGGCACGAGCGUUAUCGUUCCAAAGACGGCUCAAUCUAUCCUCUUCGAUGGAUUCCAUAGCACAAUCGUUCCUCCAGGGAGCCUGGUUGUAUCCGACCCGAUCCGGCUACCAUCCACGCAAUGGAACACGACCAUCACAGUCGACAUCUACCUGGCAGAUGGACAAUCAGGCGGAGCCAUCACCUCACACCCGGGGAGUCGAACAACCUCGUGGAUGCAGUUUGGCAACUCGAUCAGCGCAGCCAACUUCACAGACCCCUCCGUAGCCAGCGUGGAACACUGGUACUUCCUAAGCACGGUAGAAGCCUACCUCCCGAGCGCAGUCAAAGCCUGCGCCAUCCUAGGCGACAGCAUCACAGACGGCCGAGGCAGCGACAACAACCAGAACAACCGGUGGCCGGACCUCCUGCUCAACCGCAUGCAAUCCACAAAGCCCGUAUCACAAAUCCCCCUCCUCAACCAAGCCGCGGGCGGCAACCGCAUCCUACACGAUAGCCUGGGCCCCUCGCUCCUCUCGCGGCUCGACCGUGACGUCCUCUCGCACAGCCAGAUCCACACAGCCAUCGUCUUCGAAGGCGUCAACGACAUCGGCACGGCCAACGCCGAUCCCCACAACCAGACCACCACGGGCGACCGCCUCAUCCGCGCCUACCGCCAGAUCAUCACGCGGCUCCACGCCGCAGGGAUCCCGGUCUUCGGGGCGACGAUCACGCCGUUCGGGACACCCGCGAACUCGUCAGUCGUGCAGCCGUACUCUGACCCCGAGAGGGAGAGGACCAGGCAACGUGUGAAUGCGUUUAUCCGGGAUGGCGGCGUGUUCGAUGCCGUGCUGGACUUUGAUGCCGUGCUGCGGGAUCCGGGGUACCCUGACCAGUUGAGGGGCGAGUAUGAUUCGGGCGAUCAUUUGCAUCCGAAUGUGGAGGGGUAUGAGGCUUUGGCGCGGUCGGUGGAUUUGGGGGUUUUCUUGAGGGGGGUGUGGUAUGAUGGGUGGUUGUGA